CUAAUCUAGUAGAAAUCAAAUCUAUAUAGUACUAUGUAGUACAUAAUCUGAUAUGUUUAGAUUACUGAUUAAUACUUAAAAUUCUCGAAAGCUACAUUCCACGUGAUGUCUCAAAUUCUAAGCCCACAUUGUUUGUUCUUUUUCUUUCUCCAACUGUUGUGCUCUCAACUUCUCAAACCUUGCUUAGCCCAAAAGAAGAAGAAGAAGAAGAAGAAGAAGAAGAAGAUACUAUGGCAGAUCGCCUACCCGUCGAGAUUUGGAGAAGAGUUUGUUUUUGGCUUUACCAAGAUGGUUCGAGACAACGAUCUCUCAUCGUUCAGCCAGAUAAAUUCGACCUUCUAUGAUAUUUGACGGUUUCUUUCCUCCCUUCCCUUUACCAAGCCACGCAAUUUUCGAAAAUGGUCGGAUCGAGCUUGACAAUAUGCCCCGCCGCAG